CAUUGGAUCAAUGAUCCAAAUGGACCAAUGUACUACAAUGGAGUCUACCACCUCUUCUACCAGUACAAUCCUAAAGGUGCCGUCUGGGGCAAUAUUGUGUGGGCCCACUCAGUCUCGACCGAUCUGAUCAAUUGGCUAGCCGUCGAACCGGCUAUCCACCCGACUGAACCGUUCGAUAUCAAUGGUUGCUGGUCUGGCUCCGCCACCAUCCUCCCUGGCAACCGUCCGGUCAUUUUGUACACUGGCGUCGACACCCUCAGCCGUCAGGUCCAAAACAUCGCAUUCCCGAAGAACCUGUCGGACCCGUACCUCCGCAAAUGGGUCAAGCCCAAAUACAACCCAUUGAUCCAGCCAGUUGGCGGCAUUAAUGCUAGCUCAUUUCGUGACCCUACAACAGCAUGGUACGGUAGGGACGGGCGUUGGCGGUUGGUGAUCGGGAGCAAGCGGGGGAUGCGAGGGGAGGCGAUCUUGUACAGGAGCCGGGAUUUUAAGCGGUGGGUGAAGGCGAAGCACGCGUUGCAUACGGCGGGCGGGACUGGCAUGUGGGAGUGCCCCGAUUUUUACCCGGUGUCCAUCGACGGCAAGCAAGGGCUCGAUACGUCCGAGUACGGGGAAGGGGUGAAGCAUGUGUUCAAGGUGAGCUUGGACUUGACGAGAUACGAGUACUAUACGGUUGGUACGUACGACCAGGAAAAAGAUCAGUAUGUGCCGGAUGGUGCAUCACCUGAUGGUAAUACCGGUUUGAGAUACGAUUACGGGAACUUUUAUGCGUCGAAGACGUUUUACGAUGCCGCAGGAAAGAGAAGGAUCUUGUGGGGGUGGGCGAAUGAGUCGGACUCCGUGACAGAUGAUAAUUCCAAGGGUUGGGCCGGCAUUCAGGUUAUUCCUAGGGCUGUAUGGCUGGAUAAAGAAGGAAAGCAAUUGGUGCAGUGGCCAGUGGAGGAGAUUGAAACUCUGAGGGGAAAGCAAAUUCAAAUCAAGCACAAAAUUGUUAAGAGUGGAAAGUUUUUUGAAGUUAAAGGAAUUCAAACUGCGCAGGCUGAUGUGGAGGUGAUCUUUGAUGUGAAAAGCCUGGAGAAAGCUGAGCCCUUUGAUCCAUCAUGGAGUACUAAUCCCCAGGGCCUAUGUGGGAUCAAGGGUGGAGAGGUGAAGGGUGGGGUUGGGCCUUUUGGUCUUUUUGUCUUGGCCUCCUCCAAGCUGGAGGAGAGAACUGCUGUCUUCUUCAGGGUUUUCAGGAGUGAUGACAAGCAUGUUGUCCUCAUGUGCAAUGAUCCCACAAGGUCGUCUUAUAAAUCAAAUUUGUACAAACCAACUUUUGCGGGAUUUGUCGACGUCGACAUCGCGAAAAAUAGCAAGAUAUCGCUGCGGACUUUGAUUGAUCACUCUGUGGUGGAGAGCUUCGGAGAGAACGGGAAAACAUGCAUUACAUCGAGAGUUUAUCCGAGUUUGGCAGUAGGGUCGAACGUGCAUUUGUUCGUGUUCAACAACGGCGCAGAGGACAUAGAAAUGUCGCAGUUGAAGGGAUGGGAGAUGAAGAAUCCUCGCAUGAAUGACGGAGAGAUCUAGAUGUUCUGCGGUGUAGUAGUAGUAGUAGGGAAUAGUAUAUAUAUGCUAAUUUACAAUAAGGUGCAUGAGGGGGCUUUUUACUCCUUUUAUCAUUUCCAAUCAUUUCCGAUAAUGUUGCUCCUUGAUUUUGAAACACAUUAAUGAAAUCAAUAAUUUUUCUCUCCUUCUCA